AUGAGCUUGGAGUUUCGGCUGGACCUCUGCGGCUACUGCGACACGUACAACAACGGGAGCUUCAACCCCAUCGACACCUUCCAAUAUGAGGACGCCGAGGGCAACGAGCCGAACGACCGCAAGUCGGGCUACCAGCUCAAGUUGGACUGCGCCGGUAUCGAGGGGGACCCCGUGGAAUCGAUCAACGCCACCCCUGCUCCGGUCCGGCCCCCCACCCCCUCCCCGACGGCGGCGGCAACGCCGGGGACUUCCGAGGUGACGAUUGCCCCAUCGCUGGAGGCGGCAACCACGGCCGCACCGACAGGGAUGCCGGCACCGUCAUCGACCGUUUCCGCCACCCGCGGGCCGUUCAAGGUAACGAUGGCUCCAUCCCUGGAGGCAACGACGGCCGCACCGACAGGGAUGGAGACGGACGCAUGGCUUGAUGCAGCCACGUCGGCACCGUCUACGGUCGCGACGGGCUCACCGACGGAGAUGGUGAUGGACCCAUGGCUUGCGGCAGCCACGCCGGCACCGACUAUGCGAACGACGGCGGCACCCACGCAGAUGGCGACGGACCCAUUGCUUCAGGCAGCCACGCCGGCACCGACUACGCAAACGACGGCCGGACCGACGGAGUUGGUGACGGACCCACUGCUUGAGGCAGACGCGCCGGUACCGACUACGGGAACCACAGCGGCACCCACGGAGAUGGCGAUGGACCCAUCGCUUGAGGCAGCCACGCCGGCACCGACUACGCAAACGACGGCCGGACCGACGGAGUUGGUGACGGACCCACUGCUUGAGGCAGACGCGCCGGUACCGACUACGGGAACCACAGCGGCACCCACGGAGAUGGCGAUGGACCCAUCGCUUGAGGCAGCCACGCCGACACCGUCUACGGUAGCGUCGGCCGCUCCGACAAAGAUGGAGAUGGACCCCUCGCUUGAGGCAGCCACGCCGACACCGUCUACGGUAGCGUCGGCCGCUCCGACAAAGAUGGAGAUGGACCCCUCGCUUGAGGCAGCCACGCCGACACCGUCUACGGUAGCGUCGGCCGCUCCGACAAAGAUGGAGAUGGACCCCUCGCUUGAGGCAGCCACGCCGACACCGUCUACGGUAGCGUCGGCCGCACCGACAGAGAUGGUGAUGGACCCGUUGCUUGGGGCAGACGCGCCGGCACCGACUACGGCAACGAUGGCUCCAUCGCUGGAGGCAGUCACCGCCUCGCCCACGGAGAUGGCGUUGGACAAGUCGCUGGAGUCAGUCACGCCAGCGCCGACUACGCAAACGACGGCCGGACCGACGGAGUUGGUGACGGACCCACUGCUUGAGGCAGGCGCGCCGGCACCGACUACGGGAACCACAGCGGCACCCACGGAGAUGGCGAUGGACCCGUCACUUGAGGCAGCCACGCCGACACCGUCUACGGUAGCGUCGGCCGCACCGACAAAGAUGGUGAUGGACCCCUCGCUUGAGGCAGCCACGCCGACACCGUCUACGGUAGCGUCGGUCGCACCGACAGAGAUGGUGAUGGACCCCUCGCUUGAGGCAGCCACGCCGACACCCCACGCCGACACCGUCUACGGUAGCGUCGGCCGCACCAACGCAGAUGGCCACGGACCCAUCGCUGGAGGCAGCCACGUCGGCACCGACUACGGGAACCACGGCGGCACCGACACAGAUGGCGACAGACCCAUCGCUUCAGGCAGCCACGCCGACACCGACCAUGCGAACCACGGCGGCACCGACGCAGAUAGCGACGGACCCAUUACUGGAGGCAGCCACGUCGGCACCGACUACGGGAACCACGGCGGUACCCACGCAAAUGGCGACGGACCCAUUGCUUCAGGAAGCCACGCCGACACCGACUACGCGAACGACGGCCGCACCGACAGACUCUGCAACGGCUUCAGCGACUAUCACUACCUCCUCGCUUGGUAUGACUCAAGCACCGGUUCCUGGAACUCAAGCACCGACACCGACUACGCGAACGACGGCCGCACCGACAGACUCUGCAACGGCUUCAGCGACUAUCACUACCUCCUCGCUUGGUAUGACUCAAGCACCGGUUCCUGGAACUCAAGCACCGACACCGACUACGCGAACGACGGCCGCACCGACAGACUCUGCAACGGCUUCAGCGACUAUCACUACCUCCUCACUUGGUAUGACUCAAGCACCGGUUCCCGGAACUCAAGCACCGACCCCUGGAACUCAAGCGCCGUUGGAGGCUAG